AUGGAUAGCAGAAGGAACAUGGAAUAUUUGUCUCCAAAUCAAUAUAUGAGAUUAUCUGACGCUGAAAAAGAGCAGUACAUACAAAACCUGUUUGACGUAAUCUCAGAUGAUGAAUUAUUUGAAUUUUCCUCCCCUGAAGGGGAUGAAAGCGAACAAGUAGCAGUAGCAGAUGGCGUGGUUGAAUCGGAUGUAGAAGACCCUGAUUACACAAUUGACAAUGCCCAGGUAGAUGAGGCUGAUUACGAAGAAUCUGACAAUGAAUCUGAUGCUGCAGAUGAUUCUGAGGAGAUUAAUUUGCGUGCAGCUGAAUUCGUAGCACGUGAUGAUACCAUAUGGAGCUCACAGCCACGACUUGCACGCCAAACUAGGCAACAAAAUAUUUUGCGACAGCGAACCGCCUCCCGUGGCGCAACCGCCCUACAACAUCAGGCUGCGACAACAACAGCGGAACGCACAGCAGAGCCAACACAGGCAACCUCACGCGUCCCUCACACACCGAGUUACGACUAUACUAUGAGCUGGAACUCCUCCAACUUAACUGCGACGGACUCAUGA